AUGCAAGUAUUUGACAAUUUAGCUUUAUAAGAAGUUUAAUCAAUUAGUAUCGAUGGGUCUCCGGAUAGAUUGAAAGAAAUAAUCAAAAUGAUUCUGUAAGAGUUGAAUCAAAUGGGAUACGACGAUGUCUGCAACACACUUGAAGAGGAAUCUCAAACUAAAUUAGAUACUUCUUAAAUGAGCGAGUUGAAGGAAUCCUUUUUAAAUGGAGACUACGAAAAGCUUUUAUAAUAAUUAGAAUUUUCAGAGACCAUCAAUAGAGUAUUCUAUUAUUUAAAAUAGAAAUUAUAAUAUGAAAUAUAAAAAUAAUUGUACUUAGAGUUAGUUCAACAAAGGAAUUACGAAUAAGCAGUCAAUUUGAUAAGAUAAUUGUCGGAGAGUAAUGAGUAGGAAUCACAGGUUUUAGCUAAGUAUAAAAUGUGAUUGAUUUGAUUAGAAUGAUAUUUCUUAAGGAAGAUGCCUCUUAAUUGUAUACUUAAUUAGGGAUACCUAUGGAUUAAAGGGAACAAAGAUUGCAACUAUAUUAGAAGACAUUAAACCUUCUGAAUUUUGGACAUUUUUCGCUAAAAACACAGUUUGACAAAGUGAUCGAUCAAGCAUUUGAAUAUUAGAAGAAACGAUGUCCGUAUCAUGAUGAUUCGAAUGAGAAUAAGAAUUACUCAUUGUUGCUCGACCACAAUUGCUAAUCUUACUUAAUACCUAAGAAUAACUCGAUAAUCUAUUAAGGUUUUGAUGAUGAAGUAUGGAUUGGUAAGUUCUCGAAUUCAGGCGUAUGGAUUGGUUGUGCAACUAGGAAAAAUUCGAUUUACAUAAUUUCAAAGGAAUAACAAUGUAAAAUAAGCAAGGCACAUAAUAUGGAUAUAAAUUCACUUGUUUUUUCAUCAGAUGAUAAAUUGUAAAACUGAAUAAAUUUAAAUGAUUAGGUUGUUUUCAGCAUCAAAUGAUAAAAAAAUCAAUGGAUAUGAUGUGCAGACUGCUUAAUUAAAAGUAACAAUGAAUUAACAUACUAAUGAAGUGUUGUGUUUGGCCUAUUUUAAAAAGUAUUUUAAUCUAUAAUAAUGAGUCAACUAUUUAGUGGUGGUGUAGAUGGAUGGAUAGGAAUAUGGUAAGACAAUGGAAAAUUGGUGAAUUAAGUUAAAAGUAAAGUAGUGAAGAAUAUUUUAAUGACUGAUUAAUACAUGUUGCUUCACAAUGCAGCAAUAUUUUCAAUCACUGUGAUUGAGAAUGAUUCUAAAUUUAAUAAAAUAAUAACCCAUUUGGAGGAAUAAGAAUUGAUUGUUUCAUCAGCAGUCAGUCAAAAUUAAUAAUUCUUAGUUUUGAAUGUCUCAAAAGAAAAGUCAAAAUUGCAUUUGUGGAGUCUUAAAACCUUUUAAAAGUUGCAUGUAUUUUUUGGAUUUCAAGUCAAAGGAAUAGAAAUGAAAUGUUGCUUUGGAAGUAAGAAUGACAAUUAUGUUUGUGUUGGGAGUCAAGAUGGCAAGGUACAUUUCUUUAAUAAAAGCAAUCAAUUACAACAAAAUGUAAUUGAUGGACACAAUCAAGCUAUCAAUUACGUUGAUUGGCAUAGUUAAACAGGCUAAUUGUUGACUGCAAGUGAUGAUUAAACUGUCAAAAUAUGGAUUCAGGAUUAAGUCACAUAGUCAUACAUAAUUAAUGUCACCUAUGAGUAUGAUUAACCAUCGAAUUCAUAAUAUGGCGAAAUUGAAGAAGAACAAGAGGAUCAAGAAGAGGAAGGGUAUUCAUAACAUGUAGAUGCAGAAUUUUCAUUUUGA